UUAAAUUUUAUGCAAUUAUUUUCACGUAUUUUGUAAUAAAUACCUGUCGAUGUACUGUGUACAUAUUGCAUAUUACUUAAUGAAAUUUAUAAUUGUUAUACAAUUACCUAUCUAGUGAUACCUAUUGCAUUUUAUCUCAUCAUGUUUAAAAAAAUAGCAGUGGGAUUGUCCGGUGGUGUAGAUAGUGCCGUUGCAGCAUAUCUUUUGAAGAAAUCUGCAUUUCAAGUUGAGGGUGUUUUUAUGAGAAACUGGGAUAGCACCUAUGAAGGUGGUGUAUGUUCGGACGAAAAAGACUAUGAAGAUGCUUCAUUUGUUUGCCGUAAGCUUGAUAUUCCACUGCAUAGAGUUCAUUUUAUCAAGCAGUAUUGGAAUGAUGUAUUUACAGUUCUAAUACAUGAAUAUGAAGCAGGCUUAACACCUAACCCAGAUAUAUUAUGCAACAGAUUUAUUAAAUUUGACAGUUUUUUCGAACAUUGCAGGAAUAACUUAGAAGUUGAUGCUAUUGCAACUGGCCACUAUGCCAACACUUCUUUUGGACCUUAUUUGGAGCAUUAUAAAGAAACUGAAAAAGUUAAAUUACUCCAGCCCACAGAUAAACAUAAAGACCAAACAUUUUUCUUAAGUCAAGUUAAACAAUUUUCAUUAAGAAAGUGUAUGUUUCCGUUAGCUUAUUUAUUAAAAACUGAAGUAAGGGAAAUAGCAAGAAAGGAAGGUCUAAUAAAUGUUGCAAAUAAGAAAGACAGUACUGGUAUCUGCUUUAUUGGUAAAAAUAAAUUUAAAUUUUUUAUAGAUGAGUUUAUAACAGAAAAGCAAGGAGAUUUCAUUGAUAUUGAUACUGGACAAAAAGUUGGAAACCAUACAGGCAUACACAAGUGGACUGUUGGACAGAGAUGUUGCCUUAAUAGUUAUAAAGAUGCUUACUUUGUAUUUAAAAAAGACUUAGAAUCAAAUAAUAUUUAUGUGGUUCCUGGUACAAAGCAUACAGCAUUAUGGAAUAAUAUAUGCUUUACGGAUAUACCACAUUGGAUUUCUAAACAGCCAUGUGAGCUUAGAUCUAACAGUGUACUACAUUGCCAUUUUAGGUUUCAACAUACUAAACCCUUAGUGCCAUGUAGAGUUGUCAAAAACCAUGACGGUCUUACUAUUCUUCUAAAUAAUAAAUUAAGAGCAUUAACGGAGGGUCAGUUUGCAGUUUUAUACAAAGAUGAGGAAUGUCUUGGAGGUGCAAAAAUAAAAAGUGUUUUUAAAAAUUUAAUAUAAAUUGGUAAUCCAAGCUAAACCCCUUAUUGAAAAUUUGUUACUUAUUUUUUAAUGCAAUAAAAUUUACAAUACUGUGUUAAAUAAUUAUUAAUUAUAAUAAAGUC